UUCAGAGCUAAGUAAAAUUACGUUUAUUUUUUAGAAUAGUAAAUACCGUGUGUGUUUUUGUUUCUCAAAAUAAUUCGGAAAAAAAGAAAAAAAAUUACGCUAACGCGCACGCUGGUGACAUCACGCGAUGUUUUUAGUGCUAUGGCGUACCAGGAAGGGGAGUCGCUUGAAUCUUGGCUCAAUAAAGCCACCCAUCCAACUAACAGACAGGAGGACUGGGAGUACAUCAUAGGCUUCUGCGACCAGAUCAACAAGGAGCUGGAAGGUCCCCAAAUAGCCGUAACUCUCCUCGUCCACAAAAUCCACUCGCCACAAGAAUGGGAGGCUCUUCAGGCUUUGACAGUAUUGGAAGCGUGCAUGAAGAACUGCGGGAGAAGGUUUCAUAAUGAAGUUGGAAAAUACAGAUUUUUGAAUGAGCUGAUAAAAGUCGUGUCUCCAAAGUACAUGGGGGACAGUGCACCUGAGAAGGUGAAGCUGAAGAUUGUGGAGAUGAUGUACAGCUGGACAGUGGCUUUUCCUAACGAGGUCAAGAUCGGCGAAGCCUACCAGACGCUGAAAAGACAGGGCCUCGUGAUGCGUGACCCGGAGUUACCGCUGGACAGGACACUGAUCCCUUCUCCUCCGACAAGACCCAAACAUCCGGUGUUUGACAACGAGGACAUGGGCAAGCUGCUUGCUGAGCUUCUUCGAAGUAAAAAUCCAGAGGACCUCCAGGAAGCCAACAGACUGAUCAAAAACAUGGUGAAAGAGGACGAGGCACGAGUGCACAAGGUUACCAAGCGCAUAAACACGCUGGAGGAGGUGAACAUCAACGUCAAGCUGCUGACGGAGAUGCUGUCCCACUACAACAAAGAGAGCUCACCUGAGUCAGACAGGGAGAUCAUUAAGGAACUCUACGAGCGGUGUGACAAGCUGAGGCGUGCUGCUUUCAAAAUGGCCACUGAGACUGAGGACAAUGACACCAGCUUAGGCGACAUCCUGCAGGCCAGCGACGACCUCUCCAGGGUCAUCAACUCCUAUAAGAAGAUCGUGGAGGGGCAGCCUAUAAACGGUGACAGCGAAGAGCCUCGAUCUACAGCUGGUCACGAUGAGAGUGAGACCACAGACACGCUGAUCGACCUUGCUGGCCUUGACACUCCAAGCCCCCCUCAACCUGCGCCCCCUCCCUUCCAAUCCUCAAAUCUUGUCUCCACCAACCCCACAGCUUCUGCUAUCCCUGUCCUGCCCCCUCCUCCCAAACGCCUCGCCGGCUCGCAUGGCAGUCAGAGCAGCAGCCCGAGUCACCCCCCACUCGACAAGGCCUCCACUGCUCUCUCCCUCCUUGAUGAUGAGCUGCUGUCUCUAGGACUGAACGACCCCCCUACCUCUCUGAGCACCCAGUCAAAACCCAAGUUGAAUGAAUUGUCCGGUCAGUGGACGUCCUUGCAGGCUCCGGCUUCAGGUGUGGAUUUGUUUGGCAGUGUAGCCUGUUCAGGUCCGGUGGUGCCCCCAGCUGAGCCAGCUGCUGCCACACACAGUCUCCAGAAUCUGCAGGACCUUGCCAUGUUGGGCUUUUCAGAUCACAAGAGUUUGUCCAGCCAGAUGACGGCCAGAGGAGGCAGCUUUGGGAUGCCUGCCGCGGUACCUGGCCUUGUACCUGGACAGGGCUCUCCCUCCUCGCCCGCUCUUCUCCAGCGCACGAUGCCCAGUUCUCCUGCUCUGAUCCAUACCCAAGCCCAGAGCCUGGGCUCAGCCCCGGGCAGCCCGCUGUUCCGCUCUCUGUCCCCCUGCCACCCUCCCCUCCAGGGCAGUCCGGGCAGAGCCACAGACGUCUCCCUGAGCACCGUGCACGUCCCCCUGGAGGCUAUAAGACCGAGUAAAGUGCUGCCCGUGACGGCCUACGAUAAGGACGGGGUUCGCAUGCUCCUCAACUUUGCGUCUGACUGCCCCCCUGGCAGACCUGACGUGCUGGUUAUGGUGGUGUCCAUGCUCAAUACAGCGCCCCUGCCUGUUUACAGUGUGGUACUGCAGGCUGCUGUCCCCAAGUCAAUGAAGGUGAAGCUGCAGCCGCCAUCAGGAACAGAAUUGGCACCGUUUAACCCCAUCCUACCUCCAGCCUCCAUCACCCAGAUCAUGUUGCUGGCGAAUCCAACAAAAGAGAAGGUGCGUCUGCGAUACAAGCUGGCUUUCAUGCUCGGAGACCGCCCGUGCAACGAGGUUGGAGAGGUCGACCAGUUCCCCCCACAGGAGACGUGGGGUCAUCUAUAGCAGAGUGCAGGCCCGAGAGACGGCCCAGCGGGAGACUAGACUGGUUCACACUCUCCAUGACGGGUCGUGUUCAUCCCAGAGGGAACGGAGCAGAUAUUCAGCUUCACAUUCCUUAAAGUUGUUCAUUUGUUUUGGCCUCUGUUGAAUACUUGCAGCAAGACGCUAUUAACAGCAGACACUUAUUUAUACAAGGCUUGUAUACGUUUCUGCAGAUAGCUAACAAACUAAAGAUAUACACCGGCACGCAAGACAGCCAUGAUGUUUACAGGCCGAUGGUAUUGAGAUAAACAUUUCACUGGAUUCUCCCCAAGAUGAAUGAAACAGUUUUGAAUGUACUGUAAAUGAUCGAUGCAUUAGCGCUCGGUUUUCACGCUGACUGGAUGCACUACAGCAUUAACAAAGUCUUUUAAAGGAAAUGAACAGAGCCUAAGAAACAACAGUCGUGCUUUUAUUUAUUCCUCUGGCCGAGAGCUUUCUCCGUCCACUGAAAAAUAUACUUGAAUAUAUCCAGAAAUUUGGGCCUAGGAUGGAGUUGUACUGGAGAGUGUGUCUGUUCGUAAAAACUACUGUCACGUUGUCAUUGCUGCAGGAGGAUAGUUGACUGUUCAUGUGUUUAUUCUGAUUAUUUCAACCAUCAAGAUUUUUAGCAUGGUGAAGUAACUUGUGUUCAUCAGGUGUUCUACUUUAUUUAGCCCCGUUCCAUAUUAGUGGACCAAAAAAUGUUGAAGUUUGUGUUCUAAGGGUGCACUUUAGAUGUUGAUAUUUAAUUACAAAUUUGGCAUUAUCACUCGAGUCUACCGAGUUCACCUGGUUUUAUUUCCUGUGAUCAGUUGCAGAGUUUAGUGGUGGGUUUCCAUGUUCUUGUUCUUUAUUUAUAGGCGUUUCUCUUCUCUCUUCGACUAGUGACAGUAUAUUUGUCAUUUAUUAUUUUCUGUUAUAGAAUUUCAGUGCAUCACUGAACCUUGAAAAUGUGAACUGAAAAAAAAAUCUGAAUUUAUAUUGAGCGGCUCAGAAAGGGCCUGUCACCAGACAAAUGACUGCGGUGUGCAGCAGUGGGAUAGAGUGGAACUGUGCUGUGAGUAAGAUUUACAUAAAUCAGUCCACCCGAUCAGUCCUCAACUUGUCGUCAUGUGAGAUGUACAGAAGUGUGUGUUAAAUGUACAUAGUAUGUAAUGUACCUAUUGUUUGUGGUAUGACAAGUUAUGUGAACAUGUGACGUGUAGAUUUUGGGAGCGUGUUAGGUCUGUACAUAUGAUGUGCCAUGUGUUCGCUGCAUGAAAAAAAAUAAAUAUUUCUCUCAA